UUAGAGAUUUUACGUGAAUCUUGUCCAUAGAUGGGCCGCCCGGCGCUGCUAUUAGCAUAACAAUCGGUACACCAUAGGUUGGCCCAAUCCAGUCCUCUCGUAGUACAAGACCACAGUAUCACUGAAAAAAGUUAGGAUUAUCGAUUAGAUUGUCUGUCUUCAAUCAUCUUUAUUAUGGUUGAGCCAACAACUACCUAACUCUUGUAAUAAAAACGAUGAUAACUGGACAUUGUUUGGAGAAAUUAAAGACUGUCCAAUGGAGAGGAAGCAUUGUGUUUUAUUCGUUAGACUCUAGUUUGUAACGAACAAUAAUAGUUUCAAUGAAUAACAGAAGAAGUAGUUAGUUAUAACUUAUAACUAUGCUCUACCGGUAAAAGCAACGACCACGCCCCCCGCAAUAGUCACGAGCUAAUUAGCAUAUAUAUGUUGCAUCGAAGUCCUGAAAAGGGAACUCCAGAGACAAAAUUGUGCUUCGAUCUUGUAUCAUAGUUAUCAAUAAAACAACGAACUUGGUCUCUUAACAUUUUGUUUUGUGUCCACUCCUAUAAGGCCGUCAGAUGGUUACUUAACGGCCAGAAAACUAGCUUUUCUUUGUUUGUAUCGUUUCGGGACUAGAGGUGACAAAUGAAUUGGAUCAGCAUGUGAGUGUCAUUCGAGAUGAGUUUAAUUAAAGGAUUCGCAAAUAUAUGGGUUGAGCUCAAACAGAUAGGUGAUUUGCUGGAUUUUUCAUGAAAAAACGUACAUGACGUUCUUUUCAUCGCGAUCGAGAAAUCGACUCACUCAUGAUCAUGAAGAGGUAAGUGAAACUAAAACUACUGUCUUGGUAAUCAAACGCUUUGUCAAGAAUCGGAUCCGGACAAUCGACAAUGCAUGAAAGACAACGAUAUCAAGAAAGUAAGCAACGAACACAGAGAUUUACUAUAUAGAGGGAUUGAGAAGUAUAUUUACUAUAUAAUACUUCUCCAUGUAGUUUAACCCUAAUCGCCAAUCCUGUAAAAAAUAAGGUUACAGACAAGACACAUAACAGAAGCCCAAACGUAUACAAUCUAAUACGAGAAUCUUUAGUUUGGUGAAAUCAUGGUGGCUAACGAUGAAAGCUGGAGAAGUUAGUUAUUAGAAAACCUAUGUCGUGAUGAGACCUAUAUAUGUAAUGCCGUUACUCAACUAGAAUAAAGGGAAGCAGUAUGCCAAGUUAGUUAAGAACAAACAACGGCCGGGGGGGUGGAAACUAUGCAGUAGAUUCUUCGUUUUCUCGUUAGUUAAAGGGCCAAAAUUUCGACGGUGAAAAUAACUAAGGCAGUAAAAGCCAAACAAACAGCCAAUGAAGCCAUAACAUAAAUUAAACCCUUGAAGAAUCAAAACAGAACAUAACUGCCAAAAAAAACCAAUAACGCUAAAUAGUUAUUACUUGUCUAGAGAAAUAGCCACGUUUUGGAGGCAACAACAAUAGGUCCAAUUUUCCUUAGAGUUUCCCGACAUUUGGGAGCUACACUAUGGCUCACAUCACUCUUGCUAUAUAAAACACCCUUUAGAGAGUAGGCAAAAACACAUCCAUUGAUCCAUCAAACACCAAAAAGAAAAUUAAGAAAGAAAUACUUACCAAAAGGUUAGAUUUCACAUUUUUCUCUCUCUCUUUCUCACUCAUAUUCUAACGAGAAGAAGUAACAUCGAUCGGUCAGUUGAGAGAAAGAGGGAGGAGGAGGAUGGCGAAUGCGAUAGCGAGCAUGUUGAUUCAGUGUGCAUUUGACGGGUGUUCGGUCAGCAUAUCGAUUCAUGAUACGGUGAUCGAGAAAAGACCGUACCAUAAGAACUGUAAAUGUGCGCUUCACAAACAAAAAGGUAAUUGUUCUCAUACUCGGUCUACACAGAGGAACGUCGUGUCGUUUCCGAAGAAGACGGGAGGUGGUUCACUGGCCAUGACCGUCUCAUCCAACAGCUCGAUUCGUUCCCAUUCUUCGUCGUUACAUGUUGCUAGCGAGUCAUCUGGUGACAGGAAUCAAAGAGUAAGUGAAUUGUGCAGAGAGAAUAAUAGAGGGGAAGUAAAGCUAGCUAGGUAGGAGGUUGCUGAAUUUUUUUCUCCCUUUCUCCAGCAACAAUGCAUGUAGGUUGAUAAUGAAGAUGAUGUUGUAACUUGAAAGCCAAUGCUUUCUUGUAAGUUGUGUGAUUGCGCAGUCAAAUACAAAUCAGAAGUUCAUUUGCUUCAAAAUUUUCUUUCCUCUUUUAAUAAUGCAAGAUAUGCCAGAGCCCAGAAGCUUGCUUUGGAGGAGGACAUGUUGAAACUACUGAACAAACUACCAUUAAAACAUUACAUUUAUGAGGUGUGAUAGUAAAUUGGACUCGAUGAUAAAUGAUGUCUCAUCUUCCAAAAUAGUUAUAUUAAGAAUAGUAAUUAUUUGAAUGAUUUGAAUACGGCUGCAAAACAACAUUCAAUGGACAUGAGAUGGUGAAUGAGAAGACGAUGAAUUCAGACAAUGAAUAGAGAGAGUAAAUUGGACUAGAUGGUCAACGAGAUUUCAGAUUUCAAAAUAGCAUUCUUUAUGCAAAAAUAAAAUAACUACUAUUACUUGAAUGCCGAUGUAUAACAGAAUUUCAUGGGUGGAAGCCGUGAAUGAGAAAAAGAUGAAUUCAUGAGUUAAAGAAAAGGAGGGAGAGAAAUAGACAAAUAUAGAAGGAAACCACUAAAAACCUUCCAAGUGUACCAUUUCGGACAAAUGCCCCUAAACUUCGGUUUAUUUGCGUUUUGACCGCUUAAUGAACAGUACUAUACCAUGAAAACCAUGACUUUUAAAUACAAAAUAUUCUCAAUAGUCCAUACUAGUUGUCAGAAUUUUGGAUCGAUAAAGAUGGACGGAAAUAACCUCUUUGUGACAUGAUUUCAAUUGGUUAUUGUUAGUAACAAAAGGCUGAUGACAUUUUAGUUAGAAACCACAAGCAUGCAACGUUGAGAACUAUGUAGGGGAAUGGGUUAGGGUGACAACCUUGUCACAGUGAUAAUCUAACUUUACACGUUUGUUUUCUUCUUUUAAAAUUGAUGAUCAAGAUUGCUUUGGGGUAGUUUGGAAAACGGGAAAAAAUACCCGCAUGUAAUUAUUACCCAUUAAAUUAUGGCUUUCCAUAUCUCUCUCCCCAAACCCUAACAAAUUUUUUCUAGUCUUUUCUCCAUUCAUCGUCUCUCUCUAUGGUUCGUCCCUUCACAAUGGCGCCCUCCAUCGGCCGCCUUCAACGUUGAAAGCUCAACGAGCAUGACGGCGUGCGACCUCCAACAGCCUUACGAUAUCGAAGAGGUAAGUAAAACUAAAAGUACUGU